CUUGCCUUUGCAUCCCGCUCUGGACUCGGGCCGCGCUGCUGUUCGUCCGGCUUUGGUCUUGUCUUGUCUUGUCUUGUCUUGUCUUGCUUGCUCCUCAUAGCGCCUGUCCGCUUCCUCUUGCUCUGCCUUUCCUGACCAACAGCAGCCCAAGCAUCCACCCUUUCCCGCACUCUCCCCGCACCGCCCGCGGCCAUGUCGACCCCUGCCGUCGUCCCCAUCAACUCGAGCAGCUCCUUCAAUGGCUGGGAGAUCUUCUACGGCGUCAACCAGAGCUACUCUCUCCCGCAGUGCAGCCGGUUCAUCUCCUCGGUCGCCCAGCGAGCAAGCGUCCUCGGCGACUUUGUCUUCCGCACCAACUUUUGCAGCCACUUUUUCAGCUACGAUCCGACCCAGUUCGAAUACGACUCGAUCGAUCCCACCACCCAGGCCCGCACCACUUAUACCUGUCUUUCGUCCACAUGCGACGCCUCCACCUGCAAGCUCUACAACAGCGCCACGGCCCCAGCCCUUGAUGCCGAUGUUUGUGGGUCGUCCUGGUACGGCGUCACCCCGAGCGACUACACAUCCAAGGAUAGCCUCAGCCCGUCUUUCAAAACCACCCUGUUUGCCUACAGCACUUACUACGUCGAUCCCAACUGCAACACCCCGGCUGCCUGGGCGAUCCGUGUGCCCGUCUACGGUAGCUGCACCCAAAUCGACUCCAACCUCUUUGUCUACACCGUCAAAACCAGCGACGCAAACAGCAAUGCGGUCCUGACCAACUAUGGCUGCCUCGAUUCGGGCUGCUCCUCGUGCUUUGCUGGCCCGACGUCCGCUCAGCUCGGCAUCAAUAGCGCAUGCAGCCACCCUGCGCCCAACAGUACCAGCCAGUCCUUCGUCGGCUGGUCCGUUGGUCCUUCCGUUCUGGCUGCCAUCCCAACGGCCUUUGCUAACGGCACCAAGCCUGGCGGCGGCUCGCCCGUCGGGCCCGCUCCUGCCCCGGUCUCUUCCCCAAGCAACGCGGGUCUCAUUGCCGGCAUUGUUGUUGGAUGCCUCGUCGUGAUCUCUGCAAUCAUUGCCGCCGUCGUGAUCACUAAGCGGCGAAAAGCUCUGCAGAAGAAACCCCCUGCCAUCCUCGAGACUCUCGAGCUUGCUAAUCAAGAUGGUGCCCAGCCUCCCUCGGCAUCGUUGCCCUCUGGCGCUUCUGACCGCGACGUGGAUCUAACCGCCUCGAUCCUUAAUGCAUACGGCCAACCCCGGACGUCCCAAGCCGUCAGCAGCGGUGCCGAGAGCGACCGCCCGAUCUCGUAUACAUCCGUGGCCGAUCCACCCGGCUUUUUGCAGUACCGACCGCAGUCUCUGGUCCAGUCUUCAACGGAAUACUCGCGCAACAGCUACAUGGCCUCUUCGAACUCGGACUACAUCUACCCGCCCUUCAAUUCGGCCGCCAACCCCGGAUAUCCACCCUUCAGGGUCAUCGAAUCGCACGACCCUCAGAAAGGCUCGCCGGAGCUGACUCUGAAUGUCGGCGACGUGGUCACUGUGUUCUACCUCGUCAACGAGACCUGGGGACAGGCCCGCAACGACACCACAGAGAGGCAUGGUCUUGUGCCAAUGAGAAAACUGGCUCCGCACGACGCCUCGGAUCCAUCCGCACAGCAUCCCACGCUGGAGCGGUGCCCGUCUUACAAGAGCAGUCUUGCUCAGGCCACCACCAGCCGGGCGCCUCCUGCAGAAGCAAAUCCCGAGGGCGCCAAAGCUUCCGUUGCCACCUACCACCCGCCGGAAUCCGCACCAGAAGCCCAGAGCCCGUCCACAAAAGCGGCGUCCACCCAGCCAGCAUCGCCGAGCCGGCCAACAUCGUCGAGCAAACCUGCGUCAACCAGUCAGACUGAGUCCGAGUAAAGACUCGAUUUCCCACUCGCUGCCUCCUCGCGACCCUAACCGCACCCAUCUCGAAUCUGUCGUUGAAGGUGUGAGAUUGAGCAGGAGCCUCACCGGGCUGCGACUCUCUCUCUCUCUGUGUGUGUGUCCGUCGUAUACUAUGCAUAUAGUCCCUCAAAACGUGCAGAGAUAUCCAGACGUCAUUGUCGAGCAAGAGAGGGGCAUGUUCGGCUUGGUUGAAGCAUCUAUUCGUCUGGUGGUGAUAGUGGUGGGACUAAUAGAAGCGCCGGACGAAUCUCAGCGGGACUGGUGGCAUAGCCUUUGCACUGUGGAGUAGAGUUGAUGAUGUUUGCAUGACUGCCCC